GUUUGACAUGAUCGUAGUAUGUGAAGUGCACCUAAAAAGAAAGUCCAGGAGUUUGAGUUCGUUUCUCUGCUCUGAAGUUAGUUUGUCUCUCGAGUAGUUCUUUGCAUAUUUCUGAGUGCAAGGGAUUCGGUGCUUUGGCACCACGCACCUGCAGUCAAGAUGAACGUCGUACAGGCAGUCCGCCAGUAUAUUUCCAAGAUGGUCCAGGAUAGUGGAGCAGGAAUGAAAGUGCUGCUGAUGGAUAAAGAAACGACUGGUAUCACGAGUAUGGUAUUCGCUCAGUCAGAAAUUCUCCAGAAAGAGGUCUUUCUGUUUGAGAAAAUUGACACCCCCAACAGAGAAUCCAUGAAACAUUUGAAAGCGAUAUGCUUCCUUCGACCGAACAAGGAAAACCUUGAGUUGCUCUGUCAGGAGUUGAAGAGCCCCAAGUACGGUCUCUACUAUAUCUACUUCUCUCACUUUGUUGAUCAAUCUGAUAUUCGGCGGCUAGCUGAAGCUGACGACCAGGAGGUUGUGCGUGAGAUUCAGGAGUUCUUUGGUGACUAUUUUGCCAUCAAUCCCCAUGUGUUCUCGUUCAACGUCAAUGGCUGCUGCCGGGCCGGCAACUGGGAUAGAAGUAUUCAAGCGCGGUGUGUCAGUGGUCUCAGUGCUGUACUGCUCUCCCUCAAGAAGCAGCCAGUUAUCCGGUAUCAACAAGGAUCUGCAUUAGCACGAAAUCUGGCUGAUGAUGUGCAUCAACUGAUGAGAAAGGAGGCCAGUUUGUUUGAGUUCCGUAGGCCGGAUGUUCCACCGGUGCUGCUUGUUCUUGACCGUCGUGACGAUCCAGUCACUCCCUUGCUAAACCAAUGGACAUACCAGGCCAUGGUACAUGAGGUCCUUGGCAUUCGCAACAACCGCGUGGACCUAUCUGGAGCACCGGGCAUUUCCAAAGAACUUCAGGAGGUCGUUCUGUCUGCAGAGCAAGAUGAGUUCUAUCAGAGUAAUAUGUACCUAAACUUUGGAGAGAUUGGUGCCAACAUCAAGACCUUGGUUGAUCACUUCCAGGUCAAGUCCAAGAACCAGGCCAAAGUCGAAACUAUCGCAGAUAUGAAGCAAUUCAUCGAGACCUAUCCUCAGUUCAAGCGAAUGUCCGGAACUGUGUCCAAGCAUGUGGCUGUGGUCAGUGAGCUGUCACGGCUGGUAGCAGAGCACCAUAUCCUGCAGGUGUCCGAGGUUGAGCAGGAGCUGGCAUGUCAAUCAGAUCACUCCACUGCGCUGCAGAACGUCCGCCGGAUAUUAUCAAUGGAGAAUGUCCGCCCAGUAGAUUGCUUACGGCUUGUCUUGCUCUACGCCAUCCGGUACGAGCGUCAUGGCAGUAACGAAGUGGAUGCUCUGGUUGACAUGUUAACAAGACGGGGACUGCCAGAGAAGUACAUCAAGCUUGUGUCAGGCAUCGUAAACUAUGCAGGAAAGAGCCAGAGGAAUGGUGACCUGUUUGGAGGCAGGACUCCGCUUGCUCUGACAAAGAAACUUCUCAAGGGUCUGAAGGGUGUAGAAAACAUCUACACACAACACACGCCUCUCCUUUCGGAAACACUCGACAGUCUGGUGAAGAACAAGCUGAAAGAUCAGCAGUUCCCCUUCGUGGGCAGUCAAGUCGUGCGAGACAGGCCACAAGACAUCAUUGUGUUCAUGAUUGGUGGUAUCACGUAUGAAGAGGCAUUGGCAGUCUACAAUCUGAACAAGACGGUGCCUGGCAUCCGAGUCUUGUUGGGCGGCACUCAUGUACACAGCACGCAAAGCUUCUUGGAUGAAGUAUCAAUUUCUGUUUACGGGCGUUCCGGCCGAGAGCAGACUGUAUAGCGAUGGUAAGGUCUAUACCACACCGGUAUGAUUUGAGGUUGCUAUGUGUCACCCGUACUUGGCUUUGCAGCUGCAGCCAAUCACUUUCACAUUCUUUACAUGUAGCUGCUAUGUUGGGUGUACCAUAUUUUUGCCGUCUCGUCAAGAAACUCCAGGGUUUCCCCUGAUCUUUAUCACAUGCUCACUCUUUAGUUAGUGGUAUGCACACCAAUGUGCAGAUCCAAAUUUGAUAGUCAAGGUUUUCUUUUCUCUUUUUUUGCUGGCUGGCUAUCAUGCACUCGAUAUUGCUUGCUGCUAUCUUUUCCGCAAAAUUGGCAGGACCAAUUUGCUGUCUCCUCCUCUAAUCAUGUACUUCUGUGUGACCUUGUUGGCACGAAAUCUUCCCCCAUUCUCAUUACUGCACAUGACUCCCCAUCCAUCCUUUAGUUAUUUGUUACAGGUUUGCCAAGUGAUUUAUACUGGUGGCAGUUCUCUCCCCGUUCUUGGCCGUGUACAGCUAUUUUGAAUUUAUCCACCAUCUCUAUAGUUACUAACAUUUUAUCUUGUUGUUGCAAAUUUUCUGUUGUUUUCUUUCUGUCUUUUUGUUUGCAAUACAUAUUAUUUUGAUGGGGGCUCACCCUGUCUUCAGUAGUGGUGUUAUUUUUCGGUUGAGAUUAUAGGUUUACCACACUGGUUCCGCA